CACCCCUGCGGCACUUGAGGACACAGGCCCUUCUGUCCUUUCCCAGGACUUCCAGAUAGCCAAGUUGAGCCUAGCUUAACCUUGUACUUCUCCAAAUGUGUGUUAUUUUAAUUUUCUUUAUAAAACUGAGAACAGAGAUCAGUGAAAAAGAGAAUGGUCAGAGAAAGGGAGAGAGGUAGAGAUGUAGAAUGGGAGAGAGGGGUUGGAGGGGAGGGUAGAAGUAAGAAAGCUGUGAUUGGGAGAGAGACAAAGAAUAGGAGAGGAGUAGGUGGGAGAGACAGGAUACUCGGUGGGAGAGUGGGGAUUGAGGGGAGAGAAGCCAUGGGAGGUAGGUGGCAAGACGGGAGCUGGGAAGGAGAGAGACACGGAGAGAAAGUGGGUGGAAGAGAGGCAGGGGUUUGGAAAGCAGGCAUUGGUUGGGAGAAACUGAGAGGGAGGAGUGAAGGAGAAAGAGAGGGAAGGGGAUUGUGAGCCAGAGAAAGGGGUGGAGGUAAGAGAGAGAGAAGGUGGGAGCAAGGGGUCAAUGAUCAGAGUAGGUUAAGGUGGGGUGGGGGUUUUGAACUCUUCAUUUUGUGGUAAUGCGUUCCAUGUGUAAAUGUACGCAACAAAUUAGAUUUAAGUUAUUCAGUUGAUUGAAGCCAUAUACUGCAUUUUUAUGAAAUUAUUUUGUGUUCUUAUAUUUAAAAAUUUGUCUGUACUCCAGGGAAAACAAACUCAGCCUCUCCAAUCUUUCCUUAUAACUGAAAUGCUCCAAUCCAGGCAACCUGCUGGUUAAUCUCCUCUGUACCCUCUCUAGUGUAAUCACAUCCUUCCAACUAUGUGGUGAUCAGAAAUGCACACAAUGCUCCAGGUGUGGUCUAACCAAUGUGUUAUAAAGUUGCAACAUAACGUUCCUGCUCUUAUAUUCCAUCGCCAUGGUUGUAAAGGCAAAUUUUAUUUAGCGGAGCCAGACCCUUUAUGCAAUGUUCAGUUUCAACCUUAGAUAUGAUCAAAAGUUGUUUUUUUUCCCCUGUAAGACCAAUAUGGUUGAAAAUCUCACCAUAAAAAAAACUUCGAGUUACACUAUUAUUGACCAGAAAAACAGUACAUGAAUUUCCACAUCAAAACGUUAAUUGUUAUUUAUGACUGGAAUUGACAUAUUUGGAGGCGUCGUCAAACUUGGUUAACACCAUGUUAAUGCGAUUUUCAUCCGCGCAACACCUAUUUUUUGAUGUUGCAGAUUCCAUACAUGACGAAUAUUAAAAAUAAUUUUUAUGGAGGAAGCGUGAGUGAACUGCGGCGCAUGUAUUUAGCGUGUGAAACAUUAGCAUAAAAAUGUCACCAAAUUAAAGUCUAUUAUUAAAAUAAGAUUGUGUGUCAAUAUUAACAUCAUCAUGCCUCAUGUAACUAAUCAACCGAUCGCAAUAGGUUUUGUCUAAACAUGUUCGACAUGACAAGGAAAGAAAUUCUUAUUAAGUCUGUUUCCCGUCGAAUAUGGGAUUUUGUUAAUUCAUAUGCAAUUAGCAUUUUAAAAAAAUAUAGCAAUGUGAAACAAGAUAGAGAGCAGACCGCUUCCUUGCGCGCUGCACUGCCUGAAUUGCAGAAGCAUUUAACGCUCUUGCAUUCUGAGAAACACUUGAGGACUAAGCGGCUGCAACGUGUUUGUUCCAACCCCCGUGGACAUGGACUAAUCAGCGUAACGCUGCAGUGUCGAGUUACCCAGUGACGCAUUCUCCAAGCGUUGUGCUGCGUUUUGUGGGCGUCGACGAGCCCGGCCCAGCAUCACUCACUCCUCCUCCUCCACCAUUAUGAUCAAACCUCCUUUGAGCUCACAUCUUCUUCUAGAGAUUUUAAUUUCUGCCCGUUUUUGUUUAACUCGUGAAUAAACUGGAUGGUCACCGGUGACCUCAAAGAUGGCAAGGAGGGCGAGUAAGAACUGGGGAGACCAAGAGAUCAAAGGGUUGUUGUCCAUUUGGAAAGACAGGUCCAUCCAGGAUCAGCUGGCCGGGACAGUACGGAAUAAAGAUGUGUUCGUGAGGAUCUCCAACAACCUUAAAGAAUUGGGGGUCAAUCGCGAUUGGAAGCAAUGCCGAGCCAAAGUGAAGAACCUGAAAUACGAAUACAGGAUCAUGGUAAAUCAAAGGAAAUCCGGCAGGAGGUGCAAAUCCAUGCGGUUCUACAAUGAAAUUGAUGCGGUGUUGGGAUGCCGUACUCUCCAGGCCGAGAGAGCUCAGGACAGAACCUUCCUUAACGUGGUCAUCAAAGAGGAAGAGGAGGAAGAGAAAUUACAAAAUGCACCACCACCCCAGGCCUCUUCAGCCUCCGAAAACAUUACAGCUUGCUGUGCCCAACCAGUCACAACCAUCAGCAGAGAUGAGGAAGAGGAUGAAAUUCUGCCUGAACCACAGUCUGGAGUAGAUGGUGUUACAGCAGACACAGAAGCUCCUGUGGAAGAAGAAAAGAUUAGUACAAGCUCAGAGGACCCUGUCACUACAAGCAGAAAAAGGACUGAACCCGAGCAUGCUUGUUCGGUGCCAAAGAAGAGAAUGAAGGUGAAGAGAGGAACCAUGUUUCAGAGACACAUUGGGACCAUUAUCAACACCUUCAUGGACUAUCAGAGGAAAGCUGAAGAAAGGUUCUACAAAUGGGAAGAAGAGAGGCGGAGGGAGGAACGCGAGCAUGAGCUGCGGAUUAUCCAGUUGUUGCUUGAUCAUUCCAGAUCCUCGAUGAUUCAGACACCUCAGACUCCGGAUUAUCUGAGAUCACUGCACAAUCAGAACACCCACAUAUUCACACCUUCUCCCUCAAACAAUUAACCUUUAAGUUUUCUUAAUUGCUUAAAUUACUUUGUGGUGCUCUGUUCAUCCUAUGUUAACUAGGAGCAGUUAAACUGCAGUUUUUUUAACCUCCAUUGUAGCUCCUACAGCGUACAAGUUUAAAGAAGAAGUAGGGGAUAGAGACCAGGUUGACUUGAAGACAAGUUCCCGUGUUAAACUAACCAUUAACCUCUGCACACUAAAUGUUCCAUGAAAACACACUGAGUUAAUUGAACUCUGUUUUUGGGUGUUUUAAUCUACUCCUCCUGGCUUGACUGGGAGCAGACAAAUUCCCAUGGAUCAUUUUCCAGAUUACUGUUCUGUUUAAAAGUACUGUACAUGUUUGGAUGUUGGGGGAAUGUCAAAAUGGGGCACAGAUAAAAGUAGCCCCCUCCACAUGGUUGAAGAUCCUGCUGAUGUCUGUUGCUUAUGUUCACACAUGAACAAUUGGACUGAGUACCAGGAAGCUAUAAGUGUUUGUGGAAUGCCAUCCGAGCACAAAUCAGGAGAGGAAGGAAAAUUUAACUGUAAAAGCAAACAGUUGAAGUCAAAAGCAUCUAAAAGAGAAAGGACCGGGGUAUAUUUGGGUAACACCCAAACAUUCUCCUUGAAAUAUUUGUUUUUUUUUCAGUUGCCUUUACAUUGCCAACCUUUCUUAGUUUUCUUUGUAAAAGUUCACAACUGGCUGCUACUGAAGUCUGAUGCUGUAGUUUUUAAUUGCAUUGGAAAAGCAGAAUAGCAUUUAGAUGUUCAAAGGAUGUUGAGUGUUGUUUAUUACAACACAAACCAGCUAAACAUUGAUUCACUAGGUAAACCACUAAGUGUUAUUUUUGCUGCAUGAGAAUGCUUUCUCACUGGGAAAUAUUGUACCUCAGAGUGGAGACAAUGUCCCUCCAAUAACUCACUGGGUAAUUGCACUAUGUAAAGUGGUGCUAAAAGGGAAAUGUGGCUUCUAGUUUUGAUUUCCUGUAACAUAUUUAACAACUUCAGCAAAAGUAUUUUUGGGAAUGGUACAGUUAUUUUGGCGUCAUUUGGGAAGAGAAAUAAUUAGUCCAUCUAAUGUCAAUAAGCAUUGUUGUGUUGGGUGAGAACAGAUGGUGGUUCCCCAAUUACAGAAUUAUAGAACAGUACAGCAGGGUAUGGUCAUGCAGUUAAGUUCUUUGUCCUUGCAGUUUUCCCCUCUUCAAGUAGUGAUCGAGUUCUUUUGAGAACUACUAAUAAGUUUCCAUCGCGCUAUCAGGCAGCAUAUUCCAAAUUUAAGCACAACAGUUGCCACUUUUUGUCGCAUUUUUUUGCCUGUUACAUUAAAUUUGUGCCGUUAGGUCAGUGCCCAUUUAGCCAUUGAAAGUAUUUCCCCUUUUUCCACUCCAACUGAACCCUUCCUGAUUCUUAAACUAUUCUACAAAUUUUUCUGUUAUCAUUUUCUGCUCCAAGGGUAACAACCCAGCUUCUCCAAUAUCUAAUCUCUGAGCUAUGGAACCAUUCCUCUCCAAAACCUCAUGUCCUUCGGAAAAUGUAGUGUUCAGGGAAGGCUACAGUGCUCCAGUUGGGUCAAAUUACUGUUUUAUGUGGGGUUAGUAUAAGCAGCUGGCUUUUGUGCUCCAUGCCUCAAGUUGAAACACCUCCCCAUAUAGAUCAGGCAAUGUACUACAUGACUACUGGUACCACAGAACAUCCUCCAGCAGGUCAGUCAAUGGAGGAAAAAGGAGAUCCAGGAUAAUAGUUUCUUUUAAUAAAUCGAGUUAAAUAUUUUAAAAAAUUUAUUCAUUCAUAGGAUGUGGAUGUUGCUGGCAAUGCUGGCAUUUAUCAUUCAUCCCUAAUGGCCCCUGAAUUGAGGCAGUUGAGGUUCAACCAUAUUGGGGGGGUUGGAGUUGCACACUGGCCAGAUUGGGUAAGGAUAGCAGAUUUCCUUCUCUGACGGGCAAAAGUGAACCAGAUAGGUUUUGCAAUAAUCCAGUGAUUUCAUGUUCACCUACAUUGACAUUAGCUUUUUAAAUAAUUCACUGUAUUAUCAUCACAACAUGUAGCCUAUUGUCAAGCACUGGUAGUGAAUAAGAACUGUCAUGAGCUGUUAGGUUAAGUGGGUGAGUCUCUCUUUAUGUUAUUUUAGUACCAAGCAAUUGGUGUACUUGGACUCAAUUCCUGAUGUUACAUUUUCAGGAAAUAAUUUCUGGAACUUGAUUAAUAAAAACAUGAAAACUGCAUAAACUAGAGCAUACUGUAGAAGCGUUGUGCAUCAUUGCUUAUUAUGAUAUGGUAACUUGAUAGUGUAUUGCAAGACCCAGCCCUGGAAUAUUGUAUAUGUUAAGUGAUGCUGUAUCAGUGAGAUCUUCCAUACUGUGCAAAAAUAAUGAAAAUGGCAUUAUUAGCCAUCUUCUGUUUUAUUAAAAAUGUAUUAAAUGUUUAUUAA